GUUAAAUCAGAACAUCUUGCUGCUGGGAAAGAAGGUGGUGCUGGUACCCUACACCCCAGAGCAUGUGCCUAGGUAACCAUUCCCCUGACAUGGGGUGCAAGCCAGCUCUCCAAGGUGCAGCGAGGAGGGUACCACGAGUGGAUGAAAUCAGAGGAGCUGCGGCGUUUGACAGCCUCCGAGCCGCUGACCCUGGAGCAGGAGUAUGUGAUGCAGCACAGCUGGCGGGAAGAUGCAGACAAGUGUACCUUCAUCGUGCUGGAUGCAGAGAAGUGGCAGGCCCAGCCAGGCACCAGCGAAGAAAGCUGCAUGGCGGGAGAUGUGAACCUCUUCCUCACGGAUCUAGGGGACCCCUCCUUGGGGGAGAUUGAGGUCAUGAUUGCAGAGCCCAGCUGCAGGGGCCAGGGCUUGGGCACCGAGGCCGUCCUCAUGAUGAUGUCUUAUGGAGUGACCAAGCUAGGUCUGACCAAGUUUGAGGCUAAAAUUGGGCAAGGAAAUGAACCGAGCAUCCAGAUGUUCCGAAAGCUUCACUUUGAGCAGGUGGCUGUGAGCAGUGUCUUCCAGGAGGUGACGCUCAGACUGACGAUGAGUGAGCCGGAGCGGCAGUGGCUUCUCCAGCAGACCAGCCACGUGGAAGAGAAGCCCUACAGAGCUGGGGCGUCGGAGCCCCGCUGACAGCCGGCCUUGCGGACCAGCCACCCUGUGUGGCUGGGGGUGUGAGACCAGAGCCCUGCAGCAGGCACACAGAGGGGGCCUAUGGGGCAGAGCGCUCUGGCCUUGCUCCAGCCUGGGACUCUCCUUUUGGGGCCCUUCAGACUCCGGGCUGGACUUGCCUUGGCCUCCCUCUGGGUGGCCUUGUGGCUGAGCCACUCCAGGGCCAGCCCCUCCUCCUGGCCAAACCUGGACUCAGACUCUUGGAAUCUGGGGUGGAUGGCAUGAAUCCACCGGAAGAGGCAGGGUGGAGGUGGAGACGAGGGGGCGCCUGGUGAAUGGGCAGGACCUCCCUUUCCCCUGGAGGGCCAGAGGGGCCACUGAGGCUCUGUCUGGGAGUCAAGCGCACUGCACGCAGCUUGCCCUGUUCUCUCAUUGGGCCCGUGUGGAGGUGAGCUGCCAGGAGGGCCAGCCUGCGGCAUCUGGUCCGGCGUCGUAGGGACAGGGGAGGGUAGCUCAGUCCUCUCAUCCAGCAGAAGCAGGUGGGUGUGACCCCGGGAGGUCUGGAAAUGAAUGAGUUCGGCCCUGAAGGACAGACAGGUGGCUUGGAAAGUGGGCGAGUGUCCUUGCUCCUUUCUCUUUGGAGCCAGUUUUGAGGGUGGAGUUAGUUUUGGAUGCAGCUCCAUGUGGCUGGAGUACCCACCCUCCUGAUGAAGCUUUAGGCCUCCUGCUCAGUUGCAGGGUCUUCCAAAGGGAGCGGAGGCCACUGAGCGGUGUCCUCCUGAGGGCACCUGUGUCCUCGCUCUCCACGCCUCAUCCCUUCGCCUCUGGGAGCAGCUGCGCCUGUGAAGGCCACUGGGGGGUGCCAGAGGCACAGGUUCGGAUGAUUAGGCUGCUUGGCAACCGGGGCUUAACAGGCAGAGCCGGGCCAGGGCUCCCCACCCCAGAGCGAGGGGGACACCCUUUGACUUCUAACCCCGUCUCAUGCCCUGUUGUAAUCUGGGGUGGCCAUCAAGAAAAGUCAGGCAUGUUUCAAAACACAAUUGGAGAAGAGACUCUUGAGGGCACCUGGGACAUUUUCAAGGGGAGGAAAUGGUCCCAGGCAAGUUGAGGCACUCACCCAAGGCCCCAGAGCUUUUGAUGGCAGAGCCAGAACUGUGGCUGACGACUCCCAGCUCCCAGGCCUCUCACACCAGAUGACGCAUGUGGAAAACUAGAAUCUGAAACAUGCCUGAAACUAAUACACAAACUUGGCUUGCUGGGGCCCCCAGCCCCUCAGCGACAGUUCCCUCUGAGCCACGUGUUCCUUCCACCUGUCCCCAGCUUAAUCAAAGUCAAAAGUCCUUAGGACUUCCCCACCCAACAGGUGAGAUAGGGAGGGGCCCCUCCUCAGUCCUGCUAACCUGCAGGGGGCCUCCAUCAGGGGCCAAAGGGCACGGGCUGGGGGCAGGCCAGGCUCAGCCUAACUACUGCCAGUGGUGUUGUGAUUAGGGUUUUGGAAGGUUUCUCUUAACAAUAGUGGGAUUCAAACCUUAACAGGUCAGAUAGUGAUGGCCAGAGAGUGACCUGCCCUUCGCUCAACCCCAGGGGCUCCACGGGUCCCCUCCCUGGUCCGCUGUCUCCCUACUCGGUCUCCUCAGUCCCAGGAACCUGGCUUUUCUGAGUGGUCUCCUGGUUGGGUAGAGAAUAGCCCAGGGCCAGCUUCCCUUCCGAGCACCUGCCCAGGAACCUGGCCCUGGCAGGCCACCCUGGCAGAUCUCCAGGAUGUGGCCUCAGAGGCCAGAGGUAUCAGGGACCUGGGUCUCUUAUGGAGGAGCAGGGCAUUUUGCUCUUGGAGAGUCCCCUCCAUGCCACCUGCCACAGGCAUAUCCCAGGGCUCGGUGGGCCAGGUUUGUUUUCCCCCAGUCCCUCCAGUCAGGUCCACGGCCAGUUGAGAGUAUCUGGGACCAGCUCAGGCCACUCCUGGGACUCCUGUACCUUGCUGGCUGUGGGUGGAAAGAUGAAAGCCAAAAGCCUUCUCUUUCCAAGUCUGGCUCCAUGGUGAAUUCACAGUUUGAACGCUCCUGGAAUCCGAGGUGCCUUCUUGGCGCCCUCCAAGCAUGUGGGUUUAGCUCCCACUUUCCCUGAUGAAAGUUGCUCUAGGGCAGCCCCA